GCCUCGCGAGAUCCGUUGGACAAAAUGGCGGCGCGUCGGAGCCGCUGAAGGGAAGGAAAGCGGCGGCGGCGGCUGCUAGAGGUGGAAGGAGCGGGGCUUCCGGAGGGCAGCAGCCGGGCCGUCUCCGGGCUGGGCCUCCCCGAGCGCGGAAUGCCGUCGGGAGGGGACUCUCCGCCGCGGCUCUGAGCCUCCGCCCCGGCGAUGACCGGAGAGAAGCUGCGCUCGCUGCGCAGGGACCAUAAGCCCAGCAAGGAGGAAGGGGACCUGCUGGGGCCUGGAGAGGAAGAGGAGGAAGAGGAGGAGGAGGAAGCCGAGGCCGGAGGGGGCGCCUUCACCGGCGGCAAAGGCAAAGGCGGCCACCGCCUCUUCAGCAACCACCACCGGCUGCCCCUCAAGGCCGAGAGAGGCCCCUUGGCGGCGACGACGGCGGCGGCCACAGCGGCCCCUGCCCCGGCCACGCAGUUCCCCGUCCACGAGUGCGUCUUCAAGGGGGACGUCCGGCGGCUCUCGGCCCUCAUCCGCACGCAGGGCAUCGGCCAGAAGGACAGCCACGGUGAGGGAGGCGGAGGCAGAGAAGAGGGGCCUCUUCUUCCCCACCUUCCUCUGGUCCUGGGUCCAAGACACACGCUGCAGCAAUAAUCUAGCUUCAGACCUGCCCUGGCUGGGA